GACGUCAUACUGUGCCUUAUACGCAAAGGCACCUCGUCUUUGGAUCCACUAUAGCCGAAGAAACGAUGGCAGAUAUGGGAAAAUCUAACCAAGUUGACACCGAAGAUCCUUCAAAUGAUGAACCAGAUCGUGGACUUUGUUAUUACCUACUGACUGGUCUUUCUCUUGUCAUCUUUUUUUGUACCCUUCCCUUCUCUCUCUGCUUCUGUUUAAAGAUUGUUCAAGAGUAUGAAAGAGCUGUUAUCUUCAGGCUUGGACGGCUGCUUCCUGGUGGCGCAAAGGGUCCAGGAAUAUUCUUCAUUCUUCCCUGCAUUGACACCUACAGGAAAGUGGACCUUAGGGUUGUGUCCUUUGAUGUCCCUCCACAAGAGAUUCUAACCAGAGACAGUGUGACUGUUGCUGUUGAUGCUGUUGUCUACUUUAGAAUCCAUAAUGCAACUAUUUCCAUCACCAAUGUUGAGGACGCCAACCGCUCCACACGUCUUCUCGCUCAAACAACACUCAGGAAUGUUUUGGGUACCAAAAACCUGAGUGAGAUUUUGUCUGAGAGAGACAACAUCAGUCAUAUCAUGCAGACAUCUCUUGAUGAAGCAACCGACCCAUGGGGAGUGAAAGUGGAGAGAGUUGAAGUGAAAGAUGUUCGCCUUCCACAACAGCUACAGAGAGCUAUGGCAGCAGAAGCAGAGGCCACUCGUGAAGCCAGAGCUAAGGUCAUUGCUGCUGAUGGUGAAAUGAAUGCUUCCCGUUCACUCAAAGAAGCUGCAGACAUUAUUGCUGAAAACCCACAAGCUCUUCAACUACGAUACCUUCAGACACUGACUACCAUCUCAGCAGAAAAGAACUCAACCAUCAUUUUCCCUCUGCCUAUUGACUUCAUAAGUCGUCUUGUACCAGAAGGCAAAUAAUUGCACAUCAACAUAGAAGAUGAACAGCUCUUUUUUUUAAAAUCUGCCAUUUGUAACCUCAUAUGCAGAUAGUCCUGGUCUUGGUACUGCUCUUUAUGUUAUAUAAUAUUUCCUGGACUAUAGCCAGGAAAUCUAUUAUGACAUUUGUCUCUUCUUCAAAAGCAUCAUAUUCUUCAUUAGGUAUUGCUGUUUUCUAUUUUUGACCAGUCAAAUGGACAAGAUACAUAGUUUACCAGGGGAGAAAUGUCUUUAUUUGUGUAGGAGGUUACUAUUUUUGUGAUUGGUUGUUAAUUUUAUGUAUGUUUUCUACCAAUCAUACAUAUAUUAAGCAAAUGGUGAAAACGUUGAUCUAUUUAGUGUGAUUUUGAUUGGUCACCAUUCUGGAAUAUAUGAUCAUUAAUUUUUAUGUAAAAAUUUGAGGCUUUAUAUUAUAUAUAAUAGAAGUUUCUUUGCAUAAGAGUUCCAAGUGGAGUUGGGAUAUAUUAAAAAAUAUUUGCUCUACUUGCUUAUGGACUUACUGCAUGUUAAUUUGUCUACAAAAGGAUUAUCUACAAAAACAAUAGAUGUUUCGCAGAAUUUCUAGUACUUAAUAAUAAGCUUCACUUCACUGAAGUAACCUGAAAUCCUUUAUUGCAGAAAAUGCUUUUAAUGAUUUUGUUCAUCAAAAUGUUCAAUAUCGUGUAUAGAAGGAUUUGAAACAAUGAAUGCUGAUUAAUAUUUAUUUAUGAAUUUUAUUGAGUGAUGUUAUGAUUUUUUAUAACCUUAUUAUGAGGUCCAAUGUCAGUUGUUUUUGGAGGGAAUUAUUGGAAGAAUGGGCAUUACAGAGCUCUCAAUAAAAGGCUCAUCUGGUCAUGGGUAACCUCUGCCCCAUUCUCCUCAAUUUCCCUCCAUCUGUAGUCUGAUUGGACUUGAUAUUAUAUUAUUAAGCACACCAGAGGCGGAUCCAGGAUUUUCCUCAGGGAGGGGUGUGGGGCUCUCAGUAGGGGGUGCACCCCACAAAAAUCAUUACCAUGAAAAUACAAAAUAAGGAAGGAUACAGAUCUCAGGACGGGGUGCGCACUCCUGCACCCAUUAGCUUGAUCCGCCCCUGCACACUUGCCUUUAGCUACACUGCAUCAGUUUUUCAAUUCUAAUAUAUUGUACAAUAUUAUUAGAGUAAUAACUAGUGAUAUAUGCAUGUGCAGGCUGUUUGUAAUUAAGUAGUAAAUGCUGUGAGAUAAUGAUGUAAUUAUAUAUACCUCGAGAGAGCAAAAUUUCAUUCUGAGAUUUUACACAUUAGUCCUUUUGAUGUGAAAUUUACUCACACAAAGAACUUCCAUAAAUUUAAGUUCUCUAUCAUGGUGUAUAUUUUACACUGUACUAUUAGCUGCUAAAUUGUAGCUUUGUAGAUGUUUAUAUAUUGCAUACUGUUAUGUAAUAAAUAUAUAUCACAACAAAAAA